GUUUGAUCAACAAAUUGCCACUCCAAGUGCAACGGUGUUGCAAGCUUCAUAACGGCAAAAUAAGUCGCAAAUUGUCAAAGAAAAGCUAAAGUUAAAAGCGAUUUUUAUUUUAAACAAAAGUCUUACAGAACAGUACAAAAGUAGUUAAAGUGAAAUUGUGAAAAAAAUGGCUUUGAAGGUUAUUUUCGUAAUUGCCGCUGUGAUUGCUUGCGCGCAUGCCAGGCCCGGUGGCCCAGCGGCCUAUUCCAUCUCUGCGCCCAGCGUGGAUCACGCCUCAGUGGGUAACACACAAGAGCAUACCGUGAAGGGACAUUACGGCCAAUCUUCGCAAUCGGACUACUCCAGCGCCGUGCAAACUGCGCACUCACAAUCGCACGUUCAACGCUCCAGUAUUAGCAACGAUGCAGGCAUUGCGCCACAUAUUGGCGGUCACGUAGUCGCCGCCGCUGCACCUGUUGCCCAUGCUUAUGCUGCCCCCGUUGCUGCCUACGCUGCGCAUGGCUACGCCGCGCAUGGCUAUACCGCGCCGGCAGCCACUUAUGCCGCGCAUGGCUACACCGCGCCGGCGGCCACCCUCAGCCAUAGCUGCCCCGCGCUUUCCCAUGGCAUCGCAUAUGCUGCACCGGCCAGCUAUCAUGCUCCGGCUAUUAGCUACCAAACUGCACACGCUCCAGCUCUGCAUUACGCCGCUUCUGCCCCGGCUUAUGGACAUUACGCCGCGCCUGCUGCUCUCGCGCAUAGCUAUGUCGCUGCUGCGCCGGCUGCCUCUGUGAAAUACGCUUCGGCACCUGCUUAUGUAUCUCACGGCCUCAUUGGACAUCCCGGCAUCCCACUUGCCGCACCAGCCUUGGCGCAUUAUCCAGCACCGCUGGCUGUUAAGGCCGUUGCCGCCCCCGCUUUAGUGCAUACCUCCGUCGCUGGACACGGUGUGCAUUACGGCUACUAAGGCGUCAAAAACAAAAACAUACAUAGCGAAGAGAGUACAAGAGAGAGAAAAGGAGUUGGUGAGAGAGAGCGCGAGAGGGAGAGAGAAAGGGGGAAAUUAUGAAGCGAAGUAGGCGCACGAACGGCACAGCGCUGGAUGUAGGCGUAGGGCGGUAUGCUCGUUGCUUAGUGGUCGCUGUAAACGUCGACGUCAACGCCAACGCCGUAAAAUUUUUAAUAAAAAUGAAAAAUGAAACAAAAGUAACAAAGAUUAAUAAGGAAAGAAGAAGAAAAACAACAGCAAAUAAAUUCACUUAUAACUAUGUAGGAUAACAGCAGGAAAGGAAAAAAACAAUUACAACAAGAACAAACAUAACAGCAAUGUAUAAUGUGCAACAACAACAGCAACAACAACAACGACGCAAACGACAAUACAACUAUGAAUAACAAUUAAAAUAAUAACAGCAAACAAAAAAAGCAAGCAUUUAAGCACAAAAGCAACAAAAAAAAAGCUUAUAAAAAUAGCGGAGUUCGAAGCGGAGGCAUUGCAGUAAACGAAGGACGGUGUCUGCUGCCGGGUGAUGAGUGGGGAGCUGAAAAAAUUGCUGCAUAAUUUGCGCAUAACUUACUUGAUUUUCCGCGCGUUAAACGAGUAGUUAACAACGUACAACAGCAACAACAAGCAUAGCAGGCAGGUGUCGAUGUUGCCACAUGACAACCACAAAAAACAAUCCACUGCACUUAAACUUGUUGUGUGCCGCCUGUGUGUGUGUCCCACCCGCAUACAUACAUACCUUCAAGUAUGACAACUCUGCAAGCUGUAGCGCCUAAAAAUAUGCCAAACAAUGAAACUGAAGCUGAAAAUCGCUAUAGCCAACAGCGCAACCGCAAUCGCACCAGCACUUCACCUACAUUUCGAAUUCAUUUGCAGUUUUCAAUUCUCGAGCAGUUGAAAUUCGAUUUUCAAUUCGUUUGCCUCUUCCGCUACGAUUUUAUUUUUUUUUAAUGUUUCUGGUGUUUAUUUUUAUUUUUUGUUUAUUUGUGCUAUGAAAUUUUCCGCACUUCUCAAUCGCUUGACAUCGUUUCGGGAUAUGCAAAUAUGUACAAAUAAAUAUUCAAAUGUAUGUAUGUAUGUAUAAACGGAUGUGUUUCCACAACAGUCACCCCAAAUAAAUCGUUUCACUGCAUUGUUAUUCUCUCAAUUUAUGUUGUUUUAUCGCGGUUAAAUUUUAUUUUUAAAUAUUUUUUUUUAUUUUAAUUUUAUUUUGUAAAAUAAUAUUUGUCACUUUCCCUAC